AUGUUUUUAAGUAUAUUAAACAUUGUAAAUUGUUAUAAUUUAGGAGUCAUAAAAAAUUUAGAUAUAGAAUCAACUAUAUUUGAUGAGAGUGAAAGUCAAUAUUACGUAACUAAUGAAGAUGUUUAUGGUUAUAAUCUUAAAACAAGUAAAUUAGAUGUUACGUUUGACAAUAAAAGGGAAUUAUUAACAAUAAACUGUCCUGUUUUUACAGUAAACUGGAAUGAUAUAUCUGUUAAACAAAAUGGUGAGAUUUGUAAAAAAGGUGAAAUUACAGGUUGUAUAAAUAUUUUAUCAAGUAACUACCAAAAUAAAUGUGCAUGGAUUGUAGGUGAUAUAAUAUUACAAUUUAAAAAUAAAACAUCUGAAUUAUCAGAAGUUACUGGAUUUUUAAAUAUAAUUUUUUCAUCUGAAAACGAAAAAGCAGAGAUGUUUUCGUAUACUGUUGAUGGAAGUUUAAAUAUUAGAGAAGAUAAAAAAGACAAUUCUUUUGUAGUAGAUGGGUCAUUGAAAUUUAUAAAAACAGGGUUUAAUUAA